AUGUCACGACUGAGAGCAGCGACAAAACGACUGCUGGACCGACCAGAUGACGUGGACGACGGAGUCACGGCGCCGCUAGACGAACAAGAGCAACUGGAGCUGCUCAAGUCGAUGGAAAUGGACAUGGCCAACAGCAACGAGCAGUUUCGGUUUGCGUUUGCGGCGCUGGCGUGUCUGGAAACGCCCAUUUUCAUUGUGCUGCCCUAUUGUCACAAUCACGGCAACAAGCCGCUGGCGUACAUGUCAUUGACGGUGUUGCUGGUAUGUGCGUACAUCACCUACAAGGUCAAGGUGGACGACAAGGCUCCCAAAAAGUACCUGCUGCCCAUGGCGUCUGUGCUGGCGGUUCUGAUCCUGGUGCAGGCGUAUCUCAAGCACGCGCCGUGGGUCGGCUACGACUAUCUGUGGGUGAUUCCAGCGUUUACCUGUUUCACCACCAUGGUGAUUCGCCACUGGAUCAGCGAGAGCUCCAGUGAUUUGCACAAGCUCAAGGGCAUGACUUAUAAGUUGAAGGGCGCAUAG